GGUUCACGGGCAUAUUCCUCCAUGUUUGUUGUCGUCAAGAGAACAGUGAGACGUCAUCAUUGUGCGCCGCCGUGUGCUGUUUUGGCAAGUCGUGUUGUUCGCUCCCCUCGAAGAGUCGAAUAAAAACUAAAAACGGGAUGCCUCUACCCCCGGCGCUGUUGGCCCGCUUGGCCAAGAGAGGGAUUGUCAAACCGUCAGAGCAAGAGGUUGAUGAAGAGAUUAUUGCUGAAGAUUACGACGACAAUAACGUAGAUUAUGAAGCCACCAGGCAUGAGAAUCUACCGCCAAACUGGUACAAAGUGUUCGACCCUGCUUGUGGUCUUCCUUAUUACUGGAAUGUGGAGACAGAUUUGGUGUCCUGGCUGUCCCCAAAUGACCCAACUGCAGUGGUGACAAAACCUGCCAAGAAAAUUAGAGCUGAAGGAGGAGAUGAAAGGAUUGAGCGUCAGUUUGAGAAGCCAGACAGAGAGCGGGAGAGGGAAAGAGACAAAGAUCGAGAAAGGGACCGGGAAAGGGACAGAGAGAGGGAUGAAGGCAGGAACAGAGACAGAAGAACGCAGAGGAGAGAAGACACAGCACCGUACAGCAAGAGCAAAAGAGGGAGGAAAGACGAUGAAAUGGACCCCAUGGAUCCAAGUGCUUAUUCUGAUGCCCCAAGGGGCACGUGGUCGAGUGGCCUGCCUAAGCGUAACGAAGCAAAGACGGGUGCGGAUACCACAGCGGCGGGGCCUCUGUUCCAGCAGCGGCCGUACCCGAGUCCAGGAGCCGUGCUUCGGGCUAACGCAGCAAACCAAAUACCCAAAGAGUAAACCUCAGCUCGCGGGAGAGAGACACGGCCGUACAGUUCGUCCUUCCUUCGUUCACUUGUUAACAUCCACCGUAACAGACUGAGAUCACUCGAGUUUUCUUUUCAUUCUGAAAUGUGUGUGCACGUCUGCAAUUUGAGGGCUGAUAUUUGAUACCUCCAGUGUAUAAUCAUACUCUUGUCAAACAUGUAGGACAGUUGUAAAUAUGUUUUUAUAUGACCUAAAGAUUGACCUUUUUGUUGUUACUAGGGCCAUCAGCGUACAUCAUUUGCUAAUAAAUGUAAAGACUACUGUGAAAAUGACAGUUUAUGGUGUGGUUGUACAUCUCAUAAUAACAUCUGCACAAAUAAAAUUCUUGACAAUGU